AUGGCCCAUACCGCCAUCAACGCAUCCAUUGCUCGCCCCCAGAUACGAUCCAACUACACAUCUUCCAGCCACCAGCCGUCCAGCACCCAUCCAACAUCGCCCUACUCAGGCAAUUCGACUCAUCUGUACGUGAACCACGCGCUUCUAGACGCCUCGGUGCUUUUCGAUAAAGAGUACUCACAUGUAUAUAAGCUCAUUGAAGACGCCGAGUUGCGGAACCGCUACUUCGAAGUGCUCCGCAAGAACCACGCCAUAUUCUCGGGAUCUGAGAUCUCCACCAUCCACUCCACCUUCAGCAACCUCAUCGACAUCCAGUCGGGGUUUCCGUCACCCCAGGCGUUGGACAUCUUGAUCGACAUGUGGGAGAUGGUGUUUGCCAAUGCUGCUGGAACUUUCACGCCCUUGCAGGCCCAGAUCUUCCAAGAAAAGGACAAAUUCAUCCAUAUUCUCAUCAACUCUCGGAACUACCGUGUGUACGAACGGCUGGUGCGACCUUUGUACAAGAUAUCCCCACAAUUGACCUGGGCAGACCGGCUCGUCACCAUGUUCGAAUUGGAGGACGUCAACGGAGUUCUCUCCAUGAAUAGGAGUGCCAUCGUCAAGUUUUUGAAGAGCGACCAGGACAUCAAGUUGAAGAGAAAAGUCAUAUCCAUAUUAAUUCACCGGGUGGUGCUAAAUGCCACCGACGAUUCCGAAAAGAAUGAGCACUUCAAACUCUUUGUGGAAUUGUGCCACAUCGUGGGUGACGACCAUUUCUUGUUCAUCGAUCCCGAGUAUAUCGAGUAUGCCAAGGUGGUGCGACUUAUGGCCAUACCGCGAGACCCUCACCUCCGAGGAAUCUCGGAGCCUGCGUCCCAAAACAGCCCCAAUGCUGCUUUCAUGGAGCAUGUAACCAAGCUUCAAGAUUUCUUCGAGGGCGCCACUCCCGCAUAUUUUAACUUCAUCACUUCUUCCAUGCAUCACAUUAUUUCCUUCAGUCCCAACAACGUGCUCAAUUACUGGAAAUUCAAGGCAGACCAUUCCAAGUCCCAUUCUUCGGCACCCAUUUUAUCACAUCACGAUCUAAAAAUCGCCAUGUCUGCAUUGUCCUCCUUGAAAUUGUACCCAGAAGUACUUCACCUCUACAAAUCAUACCCGAACCUCCACCACGAGGACCAGAUCGAGGUCCUCCUCCGUGUAAGUGAAUUAUCCAAGGACUGGAAACUUCUCCAGACCCAAUUCGAGGAGAUGUAUGGUAAGGGAAAGCUUCCGUACGUAAUCCACUACGCCAUCGUUAUGAAGGCAUUGGCAGGAAUAGGUGCACGGGACGAAGUGGAUAUGCUCUUUGACCAAUUGAAAAAAAGAAAGUUGACCCCUACUGCUUCAAUUUUCACGGCAUUAAUUUCUUCACGGUUGCACUACAAUGAUGUGGCAUCUGCAAAGAAAAGUUUUGAUCUUUAUAUGAGCUAUGUGAACCUGGGAACCAUUGAAAAAUCCACCUCGGCCUAUCUUUACCGUUUGCUUUUCAAAAUGUACAUAAAAUCGAAGGAUAUUGAGCAAGUAAGAGCUUUCUUGGAUGAAGCCUUGGAAGAACAAAAAGCCACAGGAAUUCAACUCAUUUCGUCAAGCUCCAUUAAUGAUCUUAUAGAAUUUUCCAGCUCCAACUACGAGCUUGAGUUUAUGGAGCAUCUCAAGAACCUCGCCGAAGACCUUGAAUUGACUAAUAUGCAUACUUACCAAAAUCUUAUCAAAGGGUACACCAAGUUAGACCAGUACGAAAAGGCAAACGAAUUGAUAUAUAAGGCACAUUCAUCAAGCGAAGUUCCAUUCGCCAAUGUGGACAUUUACACGGCUCAGCUCAAGACCUAUAGACAUUGGAUACGGAGGAUUCCCGACCCCGAGCAGAAGCUUUUCUAUCAGAUCAAGCAGGCAUUUAUUGUAAGCUUGGUGACAUUGAAUCAUAUGAAUAAUAUUUCUAUCAGAAACAACUCGGGCCUUCAUGUGGAGGUAAUUGAAUACUUUUUGUCGAGACAUGAUAUUGAAAACGCUCAGAAAAUGAUGAACUUAAGUCAAAAAAGGGAGUUUUUGGCUGAACGACACUUCUUACCUUUCAUGAAGUACCAUUUGAGACAAAAUACAUACGAGUCAUACGGCGAAAUCUUAAAUUUAUACAGAAAAAUGGUGGAUCAACGUAUUCAAAUAUCUACCAAGACUUACGUCUACUUGAUGAAGGCACUAAUAUACUUGGAUGGAAUGAACAAUAAUAACGGGGAAAACGCAUACAAAUUGCUCAAGUCCAUUUUCGAGAUGAACGGAUUGUCCUUGAAACCACAGACCUUGAGCAACACCACAUCUAAAGUUAUGAUGAUUGACAUGAUUGACAGGGCCGAAGACUUAUUUAAAAUAGUGGCUUCGUACGUCAAUGACUUGGGAACUCAUCAAAAUGACAUUGAUAUGUUGGUACACUUCUUAAAUGAGAUCAAGAAGAUUUUGGGUGGAAAAUUGAGUUUGCAGUUCAGAUUUUUGAUCUAUAGAGAGAUGAGUAAAAUCUACCAGAAACAGAACAACUACUCAUUGGCCGAAAAUUUGAUCGAUAAUGGUAUUGAGGACCUCAGUGCAGUUGUACAGAAGUACACUCUUAGGUAUCCUUUUGAAGACCAUUUGGAGCCAAUCCUUCCAGUAAUGCUCGUCAAAGAUUUGAGAAACUUGCUCAAUACCAAAAUAAUGCUAUUGGAAUAUGGAAGAAAGAGCCCUGCUGCCUAUCUUCAUAUUCUUCAGCAAUCAUCAGACCAAGGUGUGAGAUUAUCAGGAACACAGUUUAAUAGACUCUUCAAAGAAGUUUUGAAGGAUGAUAUUACCCUCGAUACUCUAAAAUUGAUUCUUUCCACAUGUGAAAAUCAUCUCAUUUCUGGAAACUGGGUAGAAGUCAAAAUCAUGAGAAAGCUUCAAUUCAUGUACAAACUUACCAUGCUUCAUUUAUCACUGGGAUUAGGGAACGACUCGACAAUUCACAAAUAUCACAUUUUAAGUGAAUAUUAUGAUGUGCACGAGCUCGGUGCUCUUAAAAGGGAAUUGGCCUUUAUUGGUGAUUCUUUGCAGGCACUCGAGUAUCAAUUUGAAGCAAACAGAAAGACCCUCGAUGCCCGUGGCUGGGACUUGGAUAAGCUUCUCGAGAAUAUUCCAAGGUUCUUUAUACCCGAGAGAAGAAUCCGUUCAGCAAAUAAAAUUUCCCCCACAAAUUGUUACCAGAUAUGGCUAGCACUACAUCGCCAUAUCGGAACUGACCAGAGCAUAGCAUUCAAACUCAUGGAUGAGUUUCCCGAGACUUUAGAAUUCUUGAUGUACAAUGAACCAGCAAGAAUCAGAUUGGGAUUUUUCAGAUCCAAGAUAGAUAAAAUUCUUCCUCCAAGGCUAGACUACCAGGAGACAUUCACACAAAGAUACCAAAGAACAGAGUUAGCAUUAAACAGUUUGAGAGACGUGGAACAGUCAAUGAUGGACUAG